AUGUGAUCGAAGCUUUGUCCAACCCGAUCCGAUAUGUCAACCUGCUGGAGCAGAGGUCCAAACAGCUGGCGGCUCUGACGCUGGAGGACGUGGAGGAGGACACGCAGACUGAGGAUGAGGUGGACAGCUGUGCGGAGCGCAAAAACGAUCUGAAAUCAGCUCCUCUGGAGAACGGGCUUAGCCCCGCCCCCGGACCUGCAGGACACACCCCCAUCGCCACCACGCCCAAAGCGUCCGCAGCCAAUCAGCAAGCAGCUACGACAGAAGCAGCCAAACCAGCAGCGAAGAGUGAAGAUCUGGUUUUAAGUGUUUUGAUAGAUGUUCAGGUGUGCGCCAUGGAGAAUCUGCAGCAGUCAAAGGUUUACCAGAAGGAGCAGAGGCGGCAGUUUAAGGAGCUGAAGGAGCUGGUGAGGAGGCACCAGAAGAAAACCUCCGAGCUCCUCCGAGAGUUCAACAACAAGUACAAGAAGACGGCCAGACAGUGCAGCAAGAGCAGGGGGUCGUGCUCGGACGGUGAGAAAGACGAGCGCCUCCAGCAGCUGAGAGACGAGCAGCAGCAGCAGCUUCUGGCUCUGAGGCAGGAGCAGUACUACAGUCAGAAAUAUCUGCAGAGGGAACAUAUUAAAAUGCUGACAGAGCGGCUGAGCGCUCUGGCCGAGGAGAGUCACAACGCCCAGAUGAAGAAACUCAAAGACAUCUGUGACAAGGAGAAGAAAGAGCUGAAGAGACUGAUGGAUCGAAGGAGAACAGAGAAGAUCAACCAAGCAAAGACCAAAGAGAAACACCUGGCUGAAGAAGAGAAGAUCGAGAUCAACAAGUCCUACGUCAACGAAGUCGUCCAGAACAUCAAACGG